AUGGCUUGGCAGCGAAGUAUAAAAGCCAAUUACCAGCAAACAGCCGCGUUGGCCAUCGCCAUCUUCCUGGAUGGGGACUCCGAGACGGACUCCGUCACGAAGAGACUGGACCUUACCGUGGUGCUUUCAAAGAAGUCAUGGUUGUACGGUAGUGAGGCAUCGGUGUUGAACAUUGAUGUCAUGCUGUCAAUGAUGAUGAUGAUGAUAACUCCGAGACGGGUCAUAUCAAUGUUCGUCACAUGUAAAUUGGACCUGCACGAUAAAUUCCUCAUUUUCGACUGUAUAGUCGCCGAAUGGCGCGCUCGGCGGUCCAACAUGGAUCAGAGCAGUGGUCGUUGCCUACAGCAGGUCUUGAAAGAAUGUGCUCUUGAACAAAGGUGCUCCCAAAACAUUGUGAGAGUUGAGUAUCACCAUCAGGUUAGCAAUUCCGAAGUAUCCCUGUUGGUCUUCGGGAAAGUCGACUCUCCUUCGGAAGAUCAGCGGGUCAUACUCCACAGGUUACGUUGGUCACGUCACGUAUUCCGUAUGGAAGAAGACAUUUUGCCUUAUAGAGUUCUGUUCAUAGCCUUGUAUGAGAUGAAAAGAACCAAUAGGAGGUCAGUCCAUGAUUUUGCAACAAAUCAAUGA